GAAACUACCCGUCGACGGCCGGACCGGCUCCUUUCCCUCCCUCCGUCGCUCCCUCCCUCUUACGCUACCUCGAGAGCGAAGUGGACGACUUCGCGAAGACCUACCUCCAUCUCUCCUCUCGUCUUCCACAUGCGGAGGUGCCGAUCGGGUUGACAGCGUGUUCGUAGCACUUACGAUAGCGAGAGGAGGUGAUUCGGUGAGGCAUGCAGACGGAUCGGACGGACAACAGCUUGAGGCCCAGCAGCAGCGGCGGGACCCGAGGCAGCGGAAGCCUCCCCCCCGGGUUCGAUACGGCCGCCUCCAAUCUUCCCGUCCUCGGCCCACGUGGCGAUGCCGGCGCCCCCCUCCCGCUCAAGGCUAUGCAGAACUCAGGAGACAUUCUAAAACUCAAACAGGAGAUUGAGCCAGAAUUGUUUCUGGAUGAUGAAAGUUGGGGCCUUGGUGAUGCUAAUUCGGCAAGUCAAGCACAAGGUCAUUAUUUUGGAUCAGGCAGUCGUGAUUGGCAUGACCGUUCAGGACAAUCUACUUUAUUUGGAGAUGUGAAGUCUUGGUAUACAAUUUAUGGGAAUAAAGAAUCAAGUCAGCUGAACUCAGGACAUGAAAAAAUACAGCAAUUAAGUAAGCGGGGCUCACAGUUUCCUUCAAGCUAUCAAGUUUCUUCAACUCAGGUAGGAACUGCCCCUGCUCUACAUAAGGCUGAAGUGGCAUGGUCUGCACGAAGAGGCAAUCUUAGACAAAAAGAGUGGGUGCUGAAAACAGUAAAAUGUAUAUUGAACAAGCUGACACCAGAAAAGUAUGAUGUUCUCAAGGGCCAAAUAAUUAAUGCUGGAAUUACUACACCCGAUAUUCUUAAGGAUGUCACUACUCUCAUUUUUGAUAAAGCUGUCUUUGAGCCAACAUUUUGUCCUAUGUAUGCUCAACUGUGUUCCGAUCUCAAUGAAAAACUUCCUGUAUUCCCCCCUGAAGAAGAAGGUGGGAGGGAGAUUACUUUCAAGCGCAUACUCUUAAAUAAUUGCCAGGAGGCAUUUGAAGGUGCUGAGAAACUGAGGGAUGAAAUCCGAAAGCCGAAUGGACCAGACCAUGAAAUGGAACAUAGAGAUAAAGAGAGAAUAGUGAAGCUCCGAACUCUUGGUAACCUUCGCCUGAUUGGUGAGCUUUUGAAGCAAAAAAUGGUGCCAGAGAAAAUAGUUCAUCAUAUUGUUCAGGAGCUUCUUGGGCAUGAUGGAAAAUCAUGUGCAGCUGAGGAAAAUGUUGAGGCAAUCUGCCAGUUAUUGAAGACCAUAGGGAAGCAGUUAGAUGAGAGCCCCAAGUCUCAUAGGUUUAAUGAUGUUUAUUUUAACCGGCUGAAGGAGCUAAGUAUUGAUCCUCAAUUUCCACCACCUCUGAGAUUUAUGGUUCAUGAUAUGCUUGACCUACGUACAAACAACUGGGUCCCUCAUCAUGAAGAGGUAGGACUUGCUCUACACAAGGCUGAAGUGCCGUGGUCUGCUCGAAGAGGCAAUCCUAGUGAAAAAGAGCAGAAGUCAUCCUUUGUGGAGUAAUCUGGAUGGGCAUGUGAUCCUGGUUUAAAUUUAAUUUUGAAGUGCUGCUCCUUGAAAUUCAUAGACUUGCAAUCUGCAUAAGGUGCGUGAAUGGGAAUACAUCCUUGUCAAUACUACUGAUUAGAUAGUGUUCAAAAAAUUACCUGUAUUAAUAUUACUUCCUUUGUCGAAAAUGUUUUGGUUUUGUAAAGUGUUGAAGGAAUGAGUGUAACUACAACUUUUAGCAAUGAUGUCUGUGUUACUUGAAAUUGCAAAUUUUGCCUUUUGAGAAUGA